CCGGAGGAGGCAGCAUUGUGUGGGAUGUAGCAGGAGGGCUCUUCGAACAGAAAGCAUAAAGGAGAAAAGCACAAAAGAGGCCGUCUGGAGUUCUCCUACACACACACGUGUAUACAUAUAUCAGUCAAAGCAAAGCUGAAGAACAGGCAGACUCAAAAUCUUGCACAGAUACUGAGACAUCUGCUGGGUUACAGAAGGAGGGCUGGCAGCCAGAACUUUUGGUUCUGGCACCAAAUCUGGCUGAGAGAGCAGUGAGUUGCUAGAUUGUAAGGUUAUGAUCAGGGCAGAUCAAAGCUGCCAGAAUAGUGACUUUGAUUCCAGAACUCUGAGCGCUCGGAACAUUUUUCUCCAUCUUUUCCAAAAGAAGAGAAUUAAUACGAACAAAGAAGAGGAUGCUUCCAGGGUCCAUAGACCCUGCUGCCAUGGCUGGGACAGAGAGGUGAGAACACUUCAGCAUCAAGGACAGAAUCACAGGCUCAACAAACAACAAACUCCUUUGAAACAAGUGUUGCUACUUAUUGAACCUGCUCAAGUGCCGAUUCAGAAAUAAGGUGCCCAUUCAGACACAACUAUGUAAGAAUUCACAUUGAGAAAAGGCCUUCCAAAGAUCUGGGGCGUCUUUCCUGAAGAGAAGUACAUAGCUCUAACAUGAUGUGCCACCUCUUUCCAGCAUUCCUAAUGGUUUCCAUCAUUGUCAUGUGGCCAGGCACCUUUGCUCAAGAGUUUCCCAUUCAGAGUCAACAUCAUCAUGAUCAAUAUUGGUACCAGACAACAGUAGAUCAAAUCCCAGUGAUCAAUGGGGGCACCUGCAAAGUGAUUGCUGUCAAACGCUGUUGCAACCGGAACCAUAUUGAAGAACGGUCCCAAACUAUCCAAUGCUCCUGUCUCCAGGGCAAAGUGGCUGGCACAACCCGUGGCAAACCUUCUUGUGUGGAUACCUCCAUUGUGACAGGAAAGUGGUGGUGCGAUAUGCAGCCCUGCCAGGCUGAAGAGGAGUGCAAAGCAUUACCUGACAACACAGGUUGGAUGUGCUCAUUAGGAAACCGUGUUAAAACCACCAAGAUCCAUCCCAGGAAAUGAAGUCUGUUGUAAUGGAAAACCCAUCUCUGAAGAAGGCAUGACCGAUUUCAAAUACAGUAAUUAUCAUCAACUUCAUGAUGAAUGCUAGUGGGCAUGCAAACCUUUUGUCCAGUGGGGAGGACAAACCAUCAUAUUGCUGGAUGCACUGUGACUUUGCAGAAGACAGUGCUGCUCUUUGUUAAGGGAAAUGGAAUCAAAGACCUUUUAUUAACAGAAGGAAGAUUUAGCCCUAUUCUUUUGGGGAAACAGUAGAGCAAGUUGGUUCAA